GAUUCAAGGAUUUAAGGAGAGCAAGCGAAGGCGAAACCACCCAAUGCUCAUUGAAAUUUACGAUUAUGCUGCGAAAUUAUUAAACAAUAUGACCGCACGAGGAGCCAGGGAAAAAUCAGCCGGAAAAGGCGGAGAAGGAGCAGCAGGCGAGACCAUUAAUAACGAAACUACAGGGAAUCUGAGGGGCCUGCUGAAGCGGACGAUGGCCAAAGUGGCCCGGGCCAAUCCCGCCCAGCACGUGAGCAACCUGCCCGUUUCCGCCCUGCUGCUCCAGGCUCUCGAUGCGGCCGACGUGGCCCAGGCAAAGGCUCAGCAGCAGGCCCAAGGGCAGGACAUCGAUCCCACCAGUGGCCCAGGGGCGGCGGAUGUGCUCUCGUUCCCAUUACCAUUACCAUUCCCGAACACCAACAACGCCACUGGCGAUCCG